UCUACAGUGCCUAUCUGGUGUCCACAGCUGUUUUCUCUCUCCUCUUUUUUUAUGAAGCAUGCCUAUAAGGGGGUGUGUGAGUGUGUAUAUGAGCUGUGACAGCAGCAGUGGUACAGUUUAGCAGCAGCAGAAGCAGCAGCAGGGGGAGAAUGGUCAGACAUAUGUUCUCUAAUCUCCUGCUACUCUGGUCACUCAGCCAUGACCUUUACAUAACUGGACUGACAUAUAAUGCUCCACAGGAGCAGUCCUGGAACAACCAGAACCUCUCCUCUGUCCCUCUGGAUUUGGAUGUAAGGCUUAGAAGACUAGACUUGUCCAAUAACCUCAUCAGACAGUUACACACACUUGCCUUGCCAUACUUGGAGCAGCUGGACCUGAGCAGCAACCAGCUGGAUUUCAUCUCCGAGGGGGCUUUUGAAAACCUGGCUCGACUUGAGCAGUUGAAUUUGUCCAGAAAUGGACUGAACAACAACCUUGGCAGUAACAGCAAAGCCCUCCAAUCCCUCAGCGGGCUGAAGACUCUGGACAUAUCAAUGAACGGCUUGAGUGAUGAUGCAGUGGAGCUGUACCUUAGAAACAAGUCGUCCCUUGAUCAACUUAAGAUGACUGGUAAUGCUUUAAAAAGACUUUCACACAGCUUGUUCAAAGAGAGUAAAGGUUUGAGGACCAUUACUAUUGAUGACAAUCUGAUAUCAGAGAUAGAACAGGGGACAUUUGAACCACUCAUUCACUUAGAGACACUAAAUCUGGCCAAAAACAAUCUUGCACACAUCUGUGAUUUUAAAUUACAUCAAAUUAAAUAUCUAAAUGUCAGUAGAAAUUCUGUGGAGUUCUUUGUAACACGUCAGGAUGACCAGCUGUACAGGCUGGAAGUUCUUGAUCUAAGUUACAACAAACUUCUUUACUUCCCAAUUGUUCCAAAAAUGAAUUGUUUGAGGUAUCUCCAUUUACAGAAUAAUAUGAUUGGUACAUUGAAUUCAGAGGCUACGAUGGUAUCAGAGACUAAUUCUCUUUAUAAUGAGAUUACAAGAAAGAAAAUAGUUACAAAAAACAACCUACACUCAAAUUGGAGGCCAAUGCCACUCAUUUACAUUGACCUGAGCUAUAACCACUUCAGGUCUUUCCCUCUUGAGACUCUGAGCCUCCUCUCAUCUUUAGAAACACUGAAUUUCAGUUAUAACUGUCUGCAAAACAUCUUCUGGGAUAUUAGGAACUACAGUGAAUCAGGACAUGUUCGCCAGCUUUUCUUUCCCUCCUUAAAGCACCUUGAUUUGCAAAGCAAUGGACUUCUGUAUAUGUCUCCUCUCUUUCUAAAUUCGCUCACACAAAUAGAAACAUUAAAUUUAGAAGACAAUUCAGUGCAGCCUUGUGCUUCUACUGAUCAUUUGAGAAGUUCUCAAUCAACACAGCAAAUAAAUGUCAGCACAUCCUGUGUUGCAUUGGGGCAGUUAAGGACUCUUAAACAUCUCAAUCUAAAAGAAAACAACAUAAAAAUACUUGAGCCACACACAUUCCAGAGAACCUCUUUGGUUUCCCUGAAUCUUGCAAAAAAUGUACAUAUGGUGAUACAUGAGGGGGCACUGGAAGGAGCGCAAACAAGUCUUCAGUCCCUGAUAAUCAGCGAGAUAAACAUGAGCAGCUCUCAUCUGUCUUUACCCUGUUUGCCAGCGUUAACACAGCUGAACCUAUCAAACAACCAUCUAGAUGUGAUACCCAGCAGUUUAAUUUGCUCUCCACUGAGAGAAGUUGACAUAAGAAAUAAUGUUUUGAUGACUUUAAACCAUUCUUUGAUACAGGCUUUAUCUACACACCUCACUAUUAUGUAUAUUAGCGGGAAUGGUUUCAACUGCUGUGACAGCAAAUGGCUGAAAAUCCUAAAUGAGACGAAGAUUAAACUGCCUGACAUCGGUGAGGCUGAAUGCUUCACACGUGUUAGAAAAUUUGUCAUGACGGAAUAUCUGAAAAACCAUGUACUGAACUGUUUGUUUCAUACACAGCCACAAGAAGUUCAUCCUGGACAAAUAAUCAUAAUUAUUCUAUUUGUAGGUGUAAUAUUAGCAGUGCUUAUUGUAUUCAGCAGGAAGUUGUGUUGUACUAAAAGAUCAUUUGUAGUGUGAUAUGCAAAACUUGUUGUCACUGCUUUAUUUUGUACAUUGUUUGAUAUAGAUUUUAGAAAGCAGAAACCUCAGUUCCUAAAGCAUAAUUCCACUGAAUUUCACUAUUUAUGACUCAUUUACCUAUUAACAGAAGUGUGGUUUAAAGGUGGAGUAUGUGAUUUUAAUGUUUGUUCGUUUUUUAACUCAGAAAAUAUUCCUCAUAUCCUCUCAAUAUGUCACAUUCUAUGUGAGCUGGCAAAUAUCUGAUGUCCAUUUAAACACAGCCCUGGCCCUAUAAAUGGGAAAUAAAGUGGUUUGAACCUAUCCACACAACACAAUUUUGGCAUGUCUUGUGCAUAAGACUGGGGUAAAGGGAGGAGGAAGGAAGGUAGGGGACAGCAAAUCUCACACAUGUUAACUAUCUUAAUGUCCUAACAAGCUAAUUAUGAGCAAUUUUUCUCCAAAAUCACAGACUUCAUCUUUAGUGACUGCUUUGGCUACAAAAACUCUCAAUUAACAAAAUGAAGUAACACAUAAGUCCACCAGUUCACCCUGUUUAAAGCUUUCUCUGUGACUUCACUGCUCAUUACAAGCCUUCAGGACGUGUAUCACUUUGUGUGACCUUUGCAGCUCAAAUGUUGUGAUUGAAAUUGGCUUUAUCAACUCCCAAGCUGUUUGGUUACGGUGUGCGCCAAAUCAAUAAUCACGGGGAGAUGUUUUGCCCAUCCUUCAUUGUGAAAUGUUUGCAAGUAAAACUUUAACCUUGGUGUUAAUUUUGAUGACGUCUGUAAAGUCUUGCACAACAUUCCCAGAAUCAGGACUGAAUACAGUGCCAGUAAAAGAGGGCUUAUAAGAGUUUCUGUUUAAAUGCAUGUAUUUUUCUAUAUGUUUAUAUUUAAAAAUUGCUUAUUUGACAUUGUCUUCAUAGAAGAUCAUUUUUAAUGCUCAUCACUAUAUAAAUCUGUCUGAGUUCUGUAACAUACACUUCAUGUGGCGCUGACUCUGGGAGAAUGUUAACAAAUACCAUGGUAAACAUGGCAGCUGUUAUGCUGUACAUAAUAAACAUGGCA